AUGGUCGAUCUUGGACCGCCACCCAAUUACGACAAUUACCCUCGUUUCUUCCGCCGGCUCGCUCAAUCUCUUCCGCAUGUUCCUAGCAGGCCGACCCGUGAUGAUUUUCUUAGUGCUGCAAACGGAUUCUCGCAACGAAUGCGCGUUCGCUUUCGAUGGUUUUUCAUUCGCGCUUUCCGAAAAUUCAAUGCGGAUGAUAUAUCUGCUUUCAUUACUUGGUUUCUAGUUGGUCAGGGGUUGUGGAUUUUGGUUGGAACAACGACAUUCUUUUCUGUCAUCUUCGCUAUAGCGAAUAGCUUGCGUUUACAAGUCUAUGUUGCACGCGCCAUCAGCGACUAUAUAACUUCUGAAACGGGUGUCACGAUCAUCUUUGAGUCCGCAAUUGUGCCAAAAUGGAAAGAUUCCCGCAUCUCUUUCAAAAAUGUUUACGUCUCUCGUCGACCUACCGUGUCUACUUCUUCGUCCCACGUCGGCCAUUCUGCACACAGUGCAGCUUUGGGUUAUGACGUGAGCAACCACCCUGCAAACCAUAGGCUUGGAGACGAAGAAGAGGAGGGUGCGAAGGCGGAUCAUUCACACGCGGACGACGACGUGAAUUGGUCAAUGUUUGACAUGAAUGUCGAUAGUAUCGACGUAACACUCAGUCUAUGGCGGUGGUUAGACGGCAAGGGGAUGAUCAAGGAUGCUGUGGUCAAGGGUGUGCGGGGCGUUCUUGACCGACGCUCGGUGGGGUGGUCUCCAAAUCUCGACCCAGCGUCUUUUCGACACGUCGCACAACAGGGUGACUUUGAACUUGAAUCACUCAUCCUAGAAGAUGUCCUAUUCACGGUGUACCAGCCUGGCAAUUUUCGGCCGUACACCUGCUCUAUAUUUAGUGCGGAUAUUGGCACCUUGAGGAAACAAUGGUUGUUCUAUGAUUUCAUGAAGGCCAAGGGGGUAGUUGGACAGUUCGACAAUUGUCUGUUCAGUUUACAUCGGCCGCAGAGUAUUGGGAGAACAAACGAGCAAGACGCGAAAGAUGGCGGCUGGUCAACAAUGGCAAGUGAACUGUAUCUUUUGCUCGCCUUGUUUCAUGCUUAUUCGCGCUUCCGCAUUGACGGCGUAAAUAUUGACCACAUCCAAUCUAUGACAACACAAGAGGGCCCCAUAUCAUGGAUUACGUCGGGCAAACUCGAUGCCGUCCUCGACAUCAAAUUUCCUCGAGAUUCUGCUGAUGAUGAUACCCUGAACGUCCUCAUCGACGCUCUCACGAACACGGCGGCGGCGGUGGUUGCCGAACGCAUUCCUGGCCAGCGCACGUUGGCGAAGCCGCCCCUAACGGCGCCUACUGACGCUGGGAAGGACGGGGACGGCGGAACGCUAGGACAGCAUGUUAUCAUAGACAUCGAUUUGCGGUUCAGGGACCUGAAGGCUGCGGUGCCGAUUUGGACAAACGACCUCAGUUAUGGCGGAAGUGCGCUUGUGCGGCCGAUCGUGGCAUUUAUGAAUGCCAAUCGUACGUUGGUUCCGAUUCGUUGUCGAGUGGUCAAAGGAUUGGACCAUUUUGAUGGUUCCUGGACGAUGUGGGAGACUGGCCUGAUGGACGACAUCUCUAUCAAAGUCUACGAUGCUUUGGCAUACCAUGUCACCCAAGCCAAUUUCAACCACCGCAUCAAAGCGGUCGGUCUAUGGAGCCUGCAAAUGACUGCCAGUGCAAUGCUCUCUGCGCUCCGUAAUGUCGUCGAUCCCGUCACGGUGCAGGCGCGGGAUAUAUAUCAGGAGGCUGUCGCUGCCGGUGUUGGGGGGGUUGCAAUGGGUCUGUGA